AUGUCUAGAGGUGUAACCGUGUGUGCUCCUCCCUGUUGUUGCCUUGACGCAGUGUGCACCAGCUACUUAACCAACGGGCAGCCCUCUGUGGAACGAUUCCCCAUCAGCUUUAAAACCCACUUCUCAGGGAACUAUUUUCAUCACGUGGUGCUCGGGAUUUUCCGGUACGGCUCGCUGGGCAUGAGCCGGCGAUCAGACCUGAUGGACAAACCUCUCACUUACCGGACUCUGAGCGACCUCAUCUUUGAGUUUGAAGACUCCUAUAAAAAGUACUUGCAUUCGGUCAAAAAGGUGAAAAUCGGGUUGUACGUCCCGCACGAGCCGCACAGCUUCCAGCCCAUCGAGUGGAAACAGCUGGUCCUCAACGUGUCCAAAAUGAUGCGCACGGAAGUCAGGAAGGAGCUGGAGAAGUUUGCCAGGGAUAUGAGGAUGAAGAUCCUGAAACCCUCAAGUGCCCAUUCUCCAAUGAAAGAGAGAUCACGGGGUAAGUCGUUGUCCCCGCGCCGAAGGCAAGCCAGCCCUCAGAGACGGGCCUGCAGGAGAGACAAGUCGCCUGCAGUGGUGGACAAGAAAGGAGACCUGGCUACGCUCAACGAGGUCGGCUACCAGCUCCGCAUCUAACAAAGCCAUAUGCCGGACAGAGGGCUUCCUGGUGCUUCCCGCUGCACUUUACCUGCGCUCCGUUGGAAGGAAAAAGGAAUGGGACAAUUCAGUAACUUGUGGACUCCUGUGGUGAAAGUUUUACUUAGAAAAUAGAAUGGGGGGAGUUUGGUUUUGGUGGCAGUAUUUAUUUUAUUUCAGUUUAUAGAAAAGGCAUCAGUGCAGAGGAACCU